GCGCGCGGCGACCAGGCAGCUCUGGACAGGGGCUACGCUAGGUUUUGCAAGCUUUUCGAGGAUGAGAUGAUCGGUAUCCACGGCAUUGACAAGAGUGAUGCGCACAAGUAUCGCGGUCGGGCCAAAGGAAUGAAGACCAAAAUCUAUCCAGCUGUUUCAGUCUCGGGCGGUGCGUACCCUGUGUCUUCGGCCAAAGGGAGAGCUUGGAGGAAGUGGUCCAUCCACAUUCAGGAGCUUAGCUACCUCGUCAGGAAAGGAGUGCCUUUGGACCGACCAGAUGCCAGAUCAGUUUUUCUCCAUGUGCUACAAGGGCCUGCAGCGCUCCGUGCCGACCCUUUUUGGCAAGAGUGCGCAGUCUCUGAGACGGACCUGUUUUGCCUCGACUUCUGUGGCCUCGUGCAGUUGUGCGCCAAGGCCAAGCGUAAUGCAGAGCGUCUUGAGAAGCAGUUUCAUUCGGAUCGGGGCAAGGCCUGGAGAUCUUGGGUCCAGGCAAGUCUGGGCAAUGGGGCUGGAUUGGCCCAUAAGUUCACCAAGGUCCCCUUGGGAUGGGUUCCAUCGAACCCGAAAGGAGGGCCCCCCAAGGGGCCCAUGGGGCGCAUCGACGACCUCAUGGAGGAGUGGGCUAGGAUAUGGAGCCCCAAGCCAAGCAUGAAGGACCUCCCUGAUCCCAUCAGCCUCCUCACCGAGAAGAUCUCCGAGUCUUCCGAGGAGCCCAUGGUCUUGGCCACGUCCGAUCAGAUCCGAAAGUGCUCCAGGAAGUUCAAGGCCAGGACGGCGAUAGGCGCUGAUAGGACACACCCCAGGGAUUUCGAGAUCCUCAGCGACGGGGCCCUGGAGUGCGUGGCUGCUCUCUGGUUUUGGAUGGAGUCUCUUGGCAAGCUCCCCGAGGUCCUGGCCACGAUUCUCAUAGCCAUGAUCCCAAAGGACGAGGAAGCGUCUGUCCUGGUCGAUAUGACAAAGUGCUAUGAGAAGGUGGUUCAUUUCUUCUUGGCCUUGGCGGCCAUCAAGCACGGCUUUCCUCUGUACCGCCUGCGCUACCUCCUCUGCUUGUACAGGGGCCAGAGGGUCUUGCAGGUGGGCAGGGUCUGCUCUGAGCUUGUCGCCUGCAUCCAGGCGAUCUUGGCAGGUUGUACGUUCGCCACCACCCUGCUAAAGUGCCUCCUUCUCGACCCGCUAGACCAGGUGGUAUCGAAGUUCCCGUCGGUUCGGAUCUACAAUGUAGUUGAUGAUAUUACGUGCGGUGCUACAGGUAAGGCUAGGGCGGUGGCGAGAACGGCGGCCGAUGCUACUUUUACGCUGCGCAGCAAUCUUGAGAAACUCGGUUUCCUGAUCUCUCCCACGAAAGGCCUGAUCACG